GCCAACCCCUCAAUCGACCGGUUGCAGGAUUUCCUGCCCACCCCACUUGUACAGCACAUGGAAGCAGACAGAUUUACCCCUCCAUGCCACCUCUCUUAACCACCCUCGAACCACCUCUCCCCACCAAUUCCCAUCCCCUCCUACCCACUUCUCCUCCCUACCCCUCUCCAUCCAACAAACCCAUUGAUCUCCAUCACUUGAAUAUCAAUCAUGUCCUCCGGUAUCACCUUCACCCUCAACAAUGGGGUCAAGAUCCCCGGCAUCGGCUUCGGCACCUUCGCCAGCGAGGGUGCCGUCGGCGAGACCUACAAGGCCGUCAUGUGUGCCCUGAAGACCGGCUACCGUCACCUCGACUGUGCCUGGUUCUACCUCAACGAGUCCGAGGUCGGUGAUGCUCUCCACGACUUCCUCAAGGAGAACCCCUCCAUCAAGCGCGAGGAUAUCUUCAUCUGCACCAAGGUGUGGAACCACCUACACCGUCCCGAGGACGUCGCCUGGUCGCUGGAGAGCUCCCUCAAGAAAUUCCGCCUCGACUACAUCGACCUGUUCCUCAUCCACUGGCCCAUUGCCGCCGAGAAGGAAACCCAGGAGUCGCCCAAGAUUGGACCUGACGGAAAGUACGUCAUCCUCAAGGACCUCACCGAGAACCCCGAACCCACCUGGCGCGCAAUGGAGAAGCUCUACGCCGAGAAGAAGGCGCACGCCAUCGGUGUCUCCAACUGGACCAAGGAGCAGCUGGAGCAGCUGCUCAAGUACGCCAAGGUGACGCCGCAGAUCAACCAGAUCGAGAUCCACCCGUUCCUGCCCAACGAGGAGCUGGUGCGGUACUGCUUCGACCACAACAUCAUGCCCGAGGCGUACUCGCCGCUGGGCUCGCAGAACCAGGUGCCGACGACGGGCGAGCGCGUCAGCGAGAACGCCACGCUCAACGAGAUCGCCCAGAAGGGCGGCAACACGCUGGCCCAGGUGCUGAUCGCGUGGGGUCUGCGCCGCGGCUACGUCGUGCUGCCCAAGAGCUCGAACCCGGCCCGUAUCGAGUCGAACUUCAAGAGCAUCGAGCUGUCGGAUGCGGACUUUGCGGCUGUGAACAAGGUCGCGGAGGGUCGGCACUUCCGCUUUGUGAACAUGAAGGAUACGUUUGGUUAUGAUGUCUGGCCUGAGGAGACGGCCAAGCAGCUGUCUGCUUAGACGUUCAACGUUGAACGUUGAAUCUCACGCAGGACAUCGUACGACGUCUGGUGGGGCACGUGGGAGGAUAGGACAUGAGUAACGACGGGAACGGGAUCCUGCCAGGCUAGGUUCCCGAUAUGACAAUUGGAUAGUCAACCGAUAUCUACGAGCCAAUACCGAUAUCUGAAGC